CACCACUGCAGGGGACAGGACAGAGAACAGAAGCAGCGUCAAUAUUAGCAAACCCCACAGCACAAUGGAGCAGUGGACUCCAGUAAUGCCAUCGGAGUGACUGGAAAUCAGGAUUCUUGGGUCCUAAUCUCACCUCUGCCCCUCCCUCCGCAAGGAAACUGUCAAUUCACCAAACAACAAUAAUCCUCCACCCUCAGGAGGGAGGCGGCUUGUCUGUCAAGGACUUCGGGUCCCUGGUGCAAAGUCCACACAGCCAGGAACUGUUUUUUUCACCCGGCAUUGAAAUGUGGCCACCUCUGGGGAAGAACACAACAGCUACCACACAGCCGCUUAGAACAGAAGUCACUAUCGUAUCCCGCUGCAGAGGAGUUCUGAUUUGACAUGUUCAGGUGCCACUGAGCGGCCAUGGAGGAGUCCACGCGGCUGGGUUACUGCAUCGUGGCCGGCAGCUUCGUGGCCUUCCAGUUCUUCUUCUCGGCUGUCAGCCCCCAGCUCUCGCUGGCGCUCAGUCGCCGCUACUGCAGCCUGACCACCGUCAAGAAGUGCGAGUGGAACUCCAGGUGUGUCUCCACCCUGCACGCGCUCAUCGUCGGCCUCUUCUGCCUCUACAUCCUCUUCUUCGAUGAAGCCGUUAACGCCAACCCCAUCUGGGGGGACCCUGACCUGGUGAAACUCAACGUGGCCAUCACCUGCGGGUACCUGCUCUACGAUUUGCUGCUGCUCCUGCGCUACUGGAAGACGCUGGGCGACUCCCUGUUCGUUUGCCACCACUUGGUGGCGCUGUACGCCUACGGCUACGUGCUGAGCCGAGGGGUGCUGCCCUAUUUCGCCAACUUCCGCCUCCUGUCUGAGCUCUCCACCCCAUUCGUCAACCUGCGGUGGUUCUUUGACACCGUGGGGCAGCCCCGCUCCUCCUGGUUCGUCCUGGCCAACGGCCUGGCCAUGACCGUGGUCUUCUUCCUGGUGCGCAUCGCCGUCAUCCCCAGCUACUACGCCCGCGUGCUGGCCUGGUACGGCACGCCCGAGUACGCCCGCCUGGGGCUCGCCGUGCAGGUGGCCUGGAUUGCGCCCAGCCUGGCCCUGGAGGUCCUCAACCUGGUCUGGAUGUACAAGAUUGUCCGGGGCUUCUACCGGGCCUUCUGCCGGCCCCAGGAGCGCCAGCCGGCCUGCGGCCACGGCGACUGAGCGGGAGCUGGACUUCCCCAGGGGGCACGGCCGGGGGGCCCCAAGAGCUGGACGAUCCACGCUAGUUCCCAUCAGAGCCCACAGCCACAGGAACCCCCUGGCCUGGCACGUGCCCGCCAGGCACCCGGACUGACCCCCACGGAGCGCCAGGCACGGGCGGGCACCUCGGACACUCAUGGAGAUCACAGACUGGCAUAUGCCCCAGGCACCCAGGAAACCCAUGGGGCACCGGGACUGGCACUGAACACGGGACGUCUGGCUGGGAGCCCGGUGGGGCCCGUCUGUGGGGCUGGCAGUGCCCCUCGCAGGGGGCUAAGGCUGCCCAACCCCCAGCUAGGGGUGUCCUUGGGGGGGCCUGCGUGUCCAUGCAUAAGGGGCGCAGAGGCUCCAGCUGGGUGGGGGGUCCCAUGGGGCAGAGCAGGGAGCCAUGGUAGGGCCACGUGAACGGCUUCCGCAGGCCCCCGCGCCCCCUCCCACUCCUGCAAAAAGUGGGAGGAGCCCCACACUACUGGGCUGGGGGGGGCCCAUCUGCACUGAACCCCCGAGGGCCAAGGGGUCUACGUAGCUUUUGAGGACACCCCUGUGCCCCAGGAUCCUGCAGUCUGACCCUGGCCCCUCCCUCCCAGACGCCUCCUGGCCAUAGCACCCCCCGGCCAUAAAGCCCUGGCCCCUGCAGUGGCGGGGGGAGCUGGGAGGGCACACGGGUCCCAGCAGGGGUGUCUCUCCCACAGGUCAGCCCCCAGCUAAACCUACCACUGGGGCCCCAGAGACCCGGGGUCUAGUCCCUGCCUCUGUGCCUCAGUUUCCCUGUCUGUUAAAGGGGGACAAUGCCCCUUCAUCUGUGCCUUCUCUCUUCAGAGUGGGAGCUCUUUGGGGCAAGCCUGUCCCACCCUCUGUAUCUGUGCAGCGCCCGGCACGGCCGGGGGCCCCAAUCUCAGCCUGGGCAGCGCCCGGCACGGCCGGGGACCCCGAUCUCAGCCUGGGCAGCUCCCAGCACGGCCGGGGACCCCGAUCUCAGCCUGGGCAGCUCCUGGCACGGCCGGGGCCCCCGAUCUCAGCCUGAGCAGCUCCCGGCACGGCUGGGGCCCCCAAUCUCAGCCUGGGCAGCUCCCGGCACGGCCGGGGGCCCCAAUCUCAGCCUGGGCAGCUCCCGGCACGGCCGGGGACCCCGAUCUCAGCCUGGGCAGCUCCCGGCACGGCCGGGGGCCCCAAUCUCAGCCUGGGCAGCUCCCGGCACGGCC